CUAGCUAGGCGUAACUUCAAAGCAUGCGUAUGAUUUAGGUAUAUUUCUAUUUUAAGUUGCCUAUGUCUUAUUGAACUUUGAAGUCACCUUAUCCCAUCAAGAAACUUUACUGCCGGAAAUUUCCAAACCAUGGGAGAGCUCCUAUUCCAAAACAAAAUUUCUUUGUCCACUGUAAUGGAGAAAUGCAUCUUCUUCAUUAUGAUAUGCAUGGUGAAUUGUAGCCCUCCAGAAGAUCCCAUAAAGUGUACAGUCAAUAAUUCUAAUUGCACCAUUACCAAUACCUACGGUGCAUUCCCCGACAGAAGCACGUGUCGUGCGGCAAAGAGAUUUAGUGUUUCACACUAUUGCUCACAAAAAUUCAAGGUGACGUUGAAAUUGCAACCACUAUUCAAACGCUCUAUUACAUAUGUAAUGAAGAAUGAUUCUGACUUUGGGGAGCAAGCGGUCGGCUUCGGGAGGCAGCACGAAUAUGCAGACUUCACAUGGUAUCCGAGUCAAAAACGAGUUGUGUAUCGAUUUGAUGACCGAGUCCCGUCCAACACGUCCGGGAAUGGUCUCCUUAAUUUUCCAGGUUUUCGCUCUACAGCCUCACUAGUUCUAUCAAGUUUAAGAAUAACAGAGGAAACUGAAGAAUCCCUUGGUGAUGCUAAUGGAAAAUGCAUAAAUGGCAGAUUGACUACUUCCACUUUGAAAACGGCGGCAUAUGGGUUGACAAAUGAUGGAAUUUUGUUUACUGGCUAUCCUGUGGUGGGAAAUCACAAUCGGCUCCAAGCAUCAGGGACCUGCCUGGACAGCCUCGAGGAUUUGACAAUUUCUGCAUGUCCAUGGGAUCAUCGGGUCAAAGGUCUAUUUUUUCACCAAACUACAUUUAGCAUUUCCUUGUCCAAAGUGAAAAAUUUCAUUGAAGAUGUACAGAAGCUAGUGGCCCUGGAACCUAAGUCAUUGUGUGGCUUGGAUCUAUACAAUGGAAUACUAAUGAGAUAUGUUACGGCUUCUACCGCGUAUCUGGGGAAACAAGAAGAUGCAUUGGAUUUUGACAUUACAUACUACAGAAGCAAGGAUCCGAUGAGCCCCAGACUGUAUGAAGACAUUUUGGAAGAAAUAGAGCAGAUAGCAAUCUUCAAGUAUGGUGCCUUGCCACACUGGGGAAAGAAUCGGAACGUGGCAUUUGAUGGGGUGAUCAAGAAAUACAAAAAUGCUAGUGAAUUUCUCAAGGUUAAAAACAAAUAUGAUCCACAUGGGUUGUUUUCCAGCAGUUGGACAGAUCAAAUUCUUGGAUUAAAGGGAGUGGUGACUAUUGAAAAAGAGGGAUGUGCUUUGGAAGGAUUGUGUCUAUGCUCUCAGGACAUUCAUUGCGCCCCUAAGAAGAACUAUUUGUGUCGACCCGGUAAAAUAUACCAGGAAGCUAGAGUUUGUACUAAGGCUGAUGCUAACAAAAAAUCUGCAGAACAAGUUACUUUUCAGGGAAAAUGAAUUUCAGUUUCACAUAGUACGUCUAAGUCUUAUAUUAAUUAUAAUGGAGAUAGAAGUUAAUCAUAAUAAAGAUUUCCAUGCACUAAAUGCAAUUCCCUAGUCUGA